AUGGUCGAACUCAUCAACCCGCCCGAGACUCGCGAACUACUACCGCCCCUCCUUGCAUGUCUUCCGCUAGCUUUUGUCUCGCCACGUCCUCCUCCAGCCCUGCUACCGCUUCUCUCCCCUAUUCUUCGCCAACGAGUCGGCGUCCUCAGUUCGCUUUCCACAUCCUCUACUGAAUCAUGGUUACAAUUAUUGUGCUGGGAUGCUGGGAAAGCGGAGCGUCUGCAGAGUGUCAUUGAUGGUGCGACCUUCGAGCCACACCCUGUAUCAGGUGAAAUAGAGCUCCCAGACGAGCUCCCAGUGACGUAUAAGCGGGUUGACAACGAGACACUCAAAGCGCAAGUUCCACUUUUGGAAUAUAGCUUGACGGUGGUCUAUUUGUGGUGCCCGACAGACGAGGAGGGAGGUGGCCGUGGUUGGCGAGUUGCAGAGCUUUUGCCGCGCCAAGGUCCUGCCGAUGAAGAUAGUACCUGGGCCUCUUCUAUUGGAGAAGCAAACGUGCAGGCAAGCGACAGGCUCACGGCUGAUGUAUUGAGGCAUGACCAGGAGGAGAAACCCCAGGACAAAGAGAUGGCCGACGACAACGACGACGACGACGAUUAUUGGGCCCAGUACGACUCUACACCCGGAGCCAAAACCCCCGCACCGCGUGCUGCUUCGACGAAGGGACCGUCCGGCCUCUCUGAGCAGUCCUAUUUUUCACAGUACGGCGACGUACAGCCGGCCAUGGAUAAUCACGAUCCCGAAGAGGAACAACCGGAAGUUGGGCCGUCAUCGCUCAACGGAGAUAUGCUGGCCAAUCUUCUGCGACGACAGGUGGACGGUGGUCUCAAUUCUGAGGAGGUGCCUCGUACCAACGGAUAUUCCCCAGAGAAUGUUCCUAGUGACGAGGCUGCACGGGCUUUGAAUCACCCGCGACCGGCCUCUGCAUCUUCCGGCAGCUCUGACGCGAUCGCUAAAUUGGAGAAAGAGGCAGAGAGCCAGUCCACGUACGAGGUUGGUGUGAAACAACACAUCGGUUCCAGCAUCAAGGGAUUGUUCCGUCUGGCAAAGGCAACUGGAAUGCCACGCGCAGAGUUCCAGGCUUUGGUUUCAACCGAAUUGGAGCUUCUGGAUGUUUCGGACGAUGCGUAA